AUGGAUUUCAUGAAGGUUUUCGAUCAAACAGUUCGUGAAAUAAAGAGAGAGGUGAAUUUGAAAGUUUUGAAGGUUCCUGAGAUCGAACAGAAGGUGUUGGAUGCUACCGACGACGAACCCUGGGGUCCUCAUGGUACAGCAUUGGCUGAGAUAGCUCGGGCGACAAACAAAUUCUCUGAGUGUCAAAUGGUUAUGAAUGUAUUGUGGACAAGAUUAACCGAAACUGGAAAGAACUGGCGCUUUGUUUACAAGGCUUUGGCUGUCAUAGAAUACUUGGUGGCACAUGGAUCGGAACGGGCAGUUGAUGACAUAGUAGAACACACUUUCCAGAUUUCUUCUCUUGCAAGUUUUGAGUAUGUGGAGCCAAGUGGAAAAGAUGUGGGUAUUAAUGUGAGGAAGAAGGCUGAAACUAUUGUGGCUCUUUUGAAUAACAAAGACAAGAUUCAAGAGGUCAGAAACAAAGCUGCUGGGAACCGUGAUAAGUAUUUUGGCCUUUCAUCAACUGGAGUUACUUAUAAAUCAGGGGUUCCAUCAUUUAGUGGCAGUAGCUUUCAAAGUAGUGAACGAUAUGGUGGUUUUGGCAGUGAGAGAGAUGGUAACUCUUUUAGGGACAAGGACAGGAAUCGCUACGAUGAGGAUAAGUUUGACCAGAGUAGUUCUGUCAAACCACGUCGGGACUCAGCGGGUGCAAGCAGUACUUCUCGUAAAGGGUCUUCUCGCAGCAAGUCACAGGAUUCUACUUCAGCAGAUGCAUCAAAAACAACAAGAAAAACGGAUGGGCAUGACAAUUAUGCUACAUUCCCCAGUCAAAGCUCUAGUGCUCCAUCAAACAACUAUGAUGAUGACUUUGAUGAUUUUGAUCCUCGGGGUACUUCCAGUGCUAAGCCUUCUACUGGAACUUCUCCUAAAGUGGAUCUGUUUGGGCAAGACUUGAUUGGUGACCUGUUGGAUGCACCAGUUCCGGUUCCAGUAGAUAAUGUUGUCACAAACAAUGAUACAUCAGAGAUUGAUUUAUUUGCUGAUGCUACCUUUGUGUCUGCAUCACCCCAAAAGGAAGCAAGUGAAAGUUCUUAUCCUCAGGAAAAUAUUGAUUUAUUUGCCUCCCAGUCUGCCCCAUCACCUGCUGUUCCAACAGUUGAUUUGUUUGCUGCACCCGAUCCAGUGGGAGUGAGUGUGUCUGAUAAUAAGCCUAAAAGUACCGACAACGCAACCAGUAAUGUAUUUGACCCAUUUGCUGCAAUUCCGCUGAAUAAUUUUGAUUCUGCUGAUCCAUUCAGUACGUUUGACCAAACUCCUGCCAGCAAUAGCAUUCCCACCGGCUUGAAUGAAGCAUUUGCCGAUACGAAGCCUGUUUCCCAAAGCAACCUAAAUGGAUCUUCUGUUGACACUAAAACUCAACAACAGAAGAAGGGUGGAUUUCAAGUGAAGUCCGGAAUAUGGUCAGAUUCUUUGAGCCGUGGAAUAAUCGAUCUGAAUAUAGCUGCACCCAAGAAGGUGGACCUAACUGAUCUUGGUGUUGUCGGCGGUUUGACGGGAUCAGAUGAAAAGGAGAAGGGAGGUCCCGCUUCAUUUUAUAUGGGGCAAGCUAUGGGUGCCGGAUCAGGGCUCGGUAAAUCUGGCUUCCAGUCGACUUCAUCAGAAGGAGAUGAUUUCUUUUCGAGCUUGAGCAGCCAACAAUAUCAAUUCGGUGGUUUCCAGAAGUGA